AUGGCCACACAAGGGGCGGUAGCGCCCCGCGUGGCCGUGCCGCCGGCGGCGCUCUGCCCCGCGCUGUUCCCGGGCGCUGAUUGGUGGCGGCGGCAGCAGCGCGACGGUGACGCCAUUGUCGGUGGCCGCUCCGUCCCCGUGGGUAGCGGGAGCGCCGGCCCGGCCGCGUGCUGCCCCGUGCCCGGUGCCGCGCCCAUGGAGUUCCCGGCCGCGCUCUUCCCCUCAUACUUCACCGCCGGCCCGCCGCGGGAAGAGGGCGGCCCCGCGCUGGUCGCCGGCUGGGGAGAGCACGGGCAGGUGCUGGAGGCUGGCCCCGGCCGCCGCCAGGCGCAGCCGGCGUUCGUGCCCCGCCGCGGCGUGACGGGCGAAAGGUGGGAAGCCGCCGAGGCUGCGGCCGUGCCGGUGCUGCUGCCCAGCGCGGGCUGCUGGAUCCCCUCGCCUGCGCCUGAGGACAUCCUGUACCGCAGCAGCCUGUGCAGGAAGCUCCAGGCAGGCAAGUCUGGAGCUACUCUGGACUUCGCCAAGCAGCUGGGUCAUUUCUUUGUGGAUCACCCAGAAGAUGCUUUUGGUUCCCUGGGGCGUCUGCUGCACAAGAACUUCUACCUGGGGAAUGCCAAGCUGAAGAGACCAGCCCGGAACAGCACCAUCCGCAUGACGGCCCUGGUGGAGGACAUCGACCGCCUGGAGGCCCGACGCGGCUGCCCCCGGCAGCACUUGGCCUCCCGCCUGCGCUGGUUCUCCCACCUCUGUCGUGACUGGCUAUUCGAGGUGCCGCUGGGGCUGCUGGCAGACUGCCUGCACGAGGAGCUGGCGCAGCAGUGGUCCAGCCUGCUCUUUGAUGACAGCCUCACUGGGGGGGCACUGGCCUGGUUGCCCUCUGAAGAUGGGAAGACACCCGUGGGCCGCCUGGUGCACCCCGGAGGGCAGGCCAUGAAUCACCUCUAUUUCCAGGAUGUGGUGCUGGAGGAGCUGCCCCACGCCCGGGGCUCUCCAGCGCAGUUUGAACUCAGCGGGCGCAUCCGGCAAGUGGCUGCAGCCCAUGUGGAUGGGCAAGAUUUUGUUGGGGUUCGCUCAGACUAUCACUGUGGUGUUUGGAGGGUGCCAGGCAAGACAGGAGCAGCUCCCGCCCCGCUGCAGGUGAUCCGCACUGAUGUGCCUGCCUCCUGCCUCACUGUCAGCCCUCACCUUCCCGGGGAGCUGUCUGUCUGCACCCAGAGCGGGACCGUCUACCUCUGGAGCGUUGAGACUGGGCUGCAGCAGCUGCGCCAUGACCCCCAGACCAUGUUUUUUCGGGACCAUUCACCCUGGCGCUGGAGUGACUUCACUGCCCAUCCACGGGUGCUCAGCUGUGCUGACCGCACGGGCCUGCAGUGCCUGGAUGCCCGGGCCCCCUCGAGAUGCCACUUUGACUUGUUCAAGGUGGGCGAGGAAGCUGGCUGCCAGCAGGGUGAGCGUGUGGUGCUGCCCAUGUACCUGGGCAGGGCUCACCCCUCACAGUACCUUGUCACCACCCAGUUCUCCAUGUAUGUGCUGGACGAGCGGUUGCCACUGGUGCCUGUUCUGAAGUGGGCACACAUGAUGAAGGCCCCUCCACUCUUUGCUCACCUGAUGCCAGGGAAACCUGGGAGGAGCCACAAGGUGCUGCUUGGUGCAUCCUGCACACAGGAGCUGCUGCUUCUGCAAUACUGGGGGGGCAGCCAGUCAGCCUGUCAGCUGUCGGGGACUCCACAGAAGCUGCACAGCAUCGCAGAGUGCCUGCAGCACCUGCCCACUCAGCUCCCACACCGCCACCACCUGCUCCGGCAGCGCCUCUCAGCCCCUGCAGCAGGGCUGGUUGCUACGCUGCAGGAGGAUGGACCGCGCAAGUCCAUGUUGAUUUUCCAGCUCUCUGAGGCUGGGGAUGUCUUCUGCCAGAGGCUGAUCCACAAGGCAUCACAGCCCCCUGCACCCCCAUCGAGGGUUGAGGCCACAACAGCCCCUGGCUCUUCCCCCCUCUUCGAGGCUCCAGCCAGCAGCCCACAUGGCUUGGGCAGUGAGGGAGAAGAGGAGGAAGAGCAAACAUUCUACUUGCCCAACCUGGAGGUGAUUAUCCACGAGGAGGAGGAGGACGUGGGCACACCAGCACCCCUGGAGGAAGCUGAACUACUGCAGGAGCCCUGUGCCAGCCUCCAGCCCUCACCAGCAGUGCCCAGCCCAGCUGCAGCCCUGCGGUAUCGCCGCUGGCUGAGGGCCCUUUCCAGGGCCUGGAGGGAGCCUCCCCGGCACACCUGGCCCCCCAGCCUCAGCCAGAGGCGCCUCUUCACCUCCAGAGAUCUGGAGGGGCCAGCAGGUCCCAGCAGCCUGCAGAAGCAGAUGCGCCAGUGGCUGCGCCAAACCAUGCAGGAAGGGGGCCGCAUCCAGCGCUGGGAGCCUUUGGCCCUCCGGCCCCCUCCCCUGCCACAGACCCUGGAGCUGGCAGGGGGUCCAGACCCCCUGAGUAACCGCCUGACAGCAGCUUGGGCUGGGGACUGGGACCAGUGGUGGGAGGAGAGGACGAGCUUCAGUGUGGUGCAGAGACAGCGGGCGCUGCGGGAGCGGCGGCGGCGGCAGAAGCGAGCUCAGGGCCACCGCAGCCUUUCGGCCAGCUUCACCUCCUCCCUCACCUACCAGUCUGAGCUGUCCGAGCUGAGUGAUGUGGGCCCCUCGCUGCUCUCCCCCGGCCGCCCCCCCAGUCUCUCUCAGGAGGGCUCACCACCAGCAGGCAGCCCCCCAGUUCGCAGCCACCCACCCUCACCAGCGCCCGAUGAAGCCCUGCUGUCUUCACAGAGCCUGCGCUGCCGCGGCAUCCCCAAGGAGCGGCGGAAAACGUUGCGGGACUACUUGUCCGUGUGGGCCGAGGGGCCCCCCGAGCCCCUAGAGCUCCCUGGCAGCCAGGCCAGCCAGCUGUGCUUCCCUUCUUCACAGAGCCAGCUGUCCUCCGCCUCACAGCCCCGCCGCAAGCGCCCACGAAUGGGCUUCUGAGUGCAAAUAAACCUGCUUGGCACAGCCUUC